AUGGUUCUAGUAGCUAAAACAGCAGAGGAGCAGAUCAGACAGGAUCUGCUUAUAGAUCAGGCUGCUGAUCUACGUUGGACGUAUGACGUGAUCACCUAUGCUCUCCAUAUUACCGACGAAGAAUUUAAACGGCCGAAAGACGGUUUUCUUAAAGUGCUGCCAACAACUCUGAGGACUGUGUCGGAAUUCCUGGGUGAAAAAGAAUGGUUUACCGGCAAAAAUCUGAACAUUGUGGACUUUAUCAUAUAUGAGCUUCUUGGCAUUCACCGAGCAUUUGUGCCAACAUGCCUCAAUGACUUCGAAUAUCUGCAGACCUUCUUGUUCUGCCCACUCAUUGCUAUAUUUACUCCCAAUAACCUGCUCAAUUCUGGGAAGUACUUGGCGUCCGAUAAGUUCAUGAAUGUGCCAAUUCAGAACAAGAUGGCAAGGUUUGGCAGUACAUAG